GGUCCAAAGAUGGCAGCAGCCGCGAGUCGUACGCCUUCCUCCAGAAGGAGCUGCCCCGUCCGUCUGGCCAACAUCAUGAAGGAGAUCAACCUGCUGCCCGACAACCUCCUCAAGAUGCCCAGCGUCUCCCUCGUCAUGAGCUGGUACCAGCAGAGUUUUAAAGAGCUGAUAGAAUUUGAGAACAAGGGGGGCUCAGAUCAGAAGGUGAUGGAAAGUUUCACCUCUACCCUAGUCCACAUAAGAAACAGACACAGCAAUGUGGUGGAGACUAUGGCACAGGGUGUAAUGGAGCUAAAGGAAUUGCAUGGCAUUGAUAUAAACACUGAGAACAGGAUCCAGUACUUCUUAGACCGCUUCUACAUGUCCAGAAUCAGCAUCAGAAUGCUCAUCAACCAGCACACGUUGCUUUUUGGAAAGAAAGAAAAAAAUAAUGACCCCAGACAUAUAGGCUGCAUUGACCCAAAUUGUAACGUGUCAACUGUAGUUCAAGAUGCUUAUGAAAAUGCCAGAUUUCUGUGUGAGCAAUACUAUUUAGCUGCUCCAGAACUGGUAAUCACAUCAAAAAACAAUGCAGUGACUGAAAGUGAAAAUGAUCCCAUUCAAAUAGUGUAUGUGCCAUCUCAUUUGUACCACAUGCUCUUUGAACUGUUUAAGAAUGCCAUGAGAGCAGCAACAGAGUACCACUUGCAGGAGAGUACCAUCCCUCCACUUAAAGUCAUGAUUGUCAAGGGACAAGAGGAUCUGUCCAUUAAGAUAUCUGAUGAAGGUGGGGGUAUUCCCCGCUCCAAGAUUGACCUACUGUUCCAGUACAUGUACAGCACUGCACCUCAGCCAGCUAGGUCAGAUAUGGGCAGCGCUCCGCUUGCAGGGUACGGCUACGGCUUGCCCUUGUCCAGACUCUAUGCCAGAUACUUUCAGGGCGACAUUGUGCUGACCUCGUAUGAAGGUUACGGAACAGAUGCCAUUAUCUACUUGAAGGUGCUGUCAAAUGAAGCCAAUGAAAUGCUCCCUGUGUAUAACAAAACAGCGUCUAGGGUCUACAACACUGAUAUCCCGGUCAACGACUGGUCAUCACCCUGGAUGACCAAUCAAAGGAUGUUCAGCUCCUCAGCGAAAUGUCGGCUAGUUUGAGUUGUAUAAAAGGACUAUUUUAAUUCCAGUUUUUAGAUGCUGCAUUGGUGAGCAGCCGAAUAUACCGCAGGGUUUAGAGACAUCAGUUACUGUUAAAAUAUAAGUUUUAUGUUUCAUAUUUAUAGAACUACUCAUGUAAUAAAGACUUAGUAGAAUGUGAAUGUUAACACUAGUCUGUAAGGACAGCUAUGGUCUCUGCACCAACUGGCAAACAUGGACUUAUCACCUGGCCAACUUUGUCUGCUUACCUGGCCAACUUUGUUCUCUUACCUGGCCAACUUUGUCCGCUUACCUGGCCACAGACACUCCAGAGUGUUCAACAUUUUUUUUUACACCGUAACAGCUUAGCUGAUUAAGUGGAAGAUUUGUAGUUUAGUGUCCAUAUGGCAUUACGUAGGAAUGAAAGCUGGAUCAGAUGAAGUAGAGUUCAUCUGGUUGUGCUGUCAGUUUGAUCUGUACAUUCCUAGCCUGCUUCUUCAUCUUCUAACUUGAUCUUCAAAACGAUGUUUCAAAGAUAAGGAUCUUUUUAAAGACCAAAUCUUACAUAAGAUAUUUUUAUAUAAAGCAUAAAAUUUUGCUCUAAAAAAACUAUGCCAAUAUUGCUCGUUCUAAAAAGUGUUGAAACUAUUUUAGAAAAACAUUAAAUGAAAUGAGUUAAAUGCGAUUUUUAUUGUUUCUUCUGAAUUUGAAUAAUAAAUCAUCAAUGGAAUAAUGUUGUGCUAAACCUGAGACUUAACCUGUGGCACUUUACCAAAGAAUGUUGAUUAUUAAUAUUCCAUUUUAAAGCUGAUUUAUAAGCAGUUGUAUCUUUGACAUGCUUUUUCUUUUAAAGAUGUGCUAAAACUUUGUGUUGGACUUCUGUUUACAAAUAAUAAACUUAAAGCCAAGAUGAAAUCAAAAGUUGAAGCUGUGCUAGAUGUGUAAUAUACAUUAUUGAAUGAAUUGACUAUUAGUACAGAUGUUUAAGUUAUUAUGUCCUGUUUGUGGAUCUGAAAUUAUCUACAAAAUUAAUAAAACAAUUAUUGGAAGCCGGUGCAAUAAGUUGUUUUUAGCAAUCUAGUAUUGGCAGGGUGUAUUUUAAAUGUAAUUUUAAUUGCUGAGGACCCUAUGAGCUGUAAACUAAGAGGACUAAUUAAUUUUGGAAAUUGUUUAAAUAUUUCUGAGUUGGUUGCAGAAUUUUCUAAGUCUAAUUAGGUCUGCAAAAGAACAGUAUUUAUAUAUCAUUUUUGAAAAAUUUUGAUAAAUUCACAAGUAGAUACAUUGUUACAGAACACUAGUCUUCCGUAUUAAAUAGGUUUUCUAAAACAAAACAUUGAAUAAGAUGAAAUAUUGUCCACAGCAGGUAUUGCUCUGUGGGGUGUGUAUAAUAGUUAUUUAAUGGAGUGAGUGUAUAGGUAACAUAUGAAUUUGUAGAUAAUUGGAAUGUGUGAUACAUACAUUACUUUGACUGUUUAGUAAAUGAUAUUAUAAUUUGCUUUAUCACACAUCGUUGCAAUGUUUCAUGUAAUUAUUUUUAUGUUGGUGAAUUAUUUGUGAUCUUCAUGUGGUAAACAUUUACUAGUUUCUCGUGGUACUUUGAUUGGUGAAUUGUCUUGACAAUUAUUAGUUGAAAUAAAAAUAUUUGCA